AUUGGUAAACUCGGGGACAACUGUUCGAACCUGUUGUCCACAUCUUCACAAUCCUCUUCCUCCAAUAGCUCAUCGCUGCAGGCCAAAGUCGUUCGAAACGAGACUCAUUCUUGAUCCGAUCCUCAACGCGAUACGCGAUGGCCGACCACCCACCAACCACCAACUCCCCUACCGCCCCCUCCGACACCAAAACCCUCGUCGCAGCAAGCUAUGACCACAUGGCCGAGCAAUACCUAUCCUGGACCCUCACCACCCCCUCGCAACGCCUCCGCUACCUCUCCGACUUCCUCUCUCACAUUCCACCAGAUUCAACCGUCCUCGAACUCGGCUGCGCAGCAGGAACCCCCAUCCUCGAAACCCUCGUCGCCCACCCCUCCUGCACCACAAUCUACGCGAACGACAUCUCCACCAAGCACAUCGAGAUGGCUCAAGCACGGUGUCCAACGGCGAAAUUCCUGCCGGGGGAUAUGAUGGCUCUAGAUUUCGCCGAUGGUUCGCUCGAUGGCGUGGUGGCGUUUUUCUCCAUUUUCCAUCUCCCACGAGAGGAGCAGCGGACGAUGUUUGCUAAGAUUGCGAGUUGGUUGAAGGUUGGAGGAGCCAUGGUUUUCAACCUCGCGGGAGAGGAAGCGGAGGAUAGUCGACAGGAAUUCUUCGGAACGGAAAUGUUCUGGUCGAGUUUUGAUGUUGCGACGAGUCGGAAGAUGGUGGAGGAGGUUGGCUUGGAGGUUGUGAGGAAUGAGGUGUUGGUGGAUGAGAACCUGAACAAGAGCGAUCCGGACCACGAGACGAGCUUUUCGUGGUUUUUCGUGAGGAAGCCGGCAGCGUGA